AUGGAGCAACCUUUCUCGACCUCCAAAGUCACUGUCGAGUACUACGAUCCCCAUGACGUAUAUAAGCUCUUAGGCCCGGGCAUUUUGCCUCGCCUACCCCUCCGAAACCUCCAUUGGCAAUCCCAUGCCGGACCUCUCCGAUCCAUCGACGUCCUCUACGUCGAACUUGUGAACGCCUCCUCGAAUGCGCCCGCUUCCAUCGCCUCCCCCAGCCUCCUGAGACGGUCUACUGGUGCAGGCCUGUCAGACGAUGGCUUCCAGACACAGCCGAUUGGUGGUUCCAAGAGCGCCUCGUCCGAUCAGAUCGACACCCCCACCAGCAUCCACACACCAACCGGGCCGGCCUCGCAACAGCCAGGCAGAGAGCGCCGACACCAGAUACCAGGCCUUCGACGCACGCCAUACCUCAAAGUCCUCCUCGUACGAUGCGACGAUAACGACACGUACAAGUCCACCACCCGGGCCGAAAUCCGCGAAUGGAUCAAGGAACAUACCCCUCCGUCCCAGAGCACGCGCAAAGUCAGCACCCAGGAGAACCAUGACGCCUUCGAGUGGCUCAUCGUCCACGUCGUCGUUCCCAACACCGCCGCCGCCAACCAGCCAAGGCUGAACGGCAAGAACGCCGACGGUGCGCCGGGCGAAAAGUCGUCCUCGAGCUCGCGAUGGCGGACCGGGUCCAGCACCCUGCUGGAGAAGUUGCGCGCCGACUUCAACGUCGCCGGCAAAGGUUCGGGUCCCGUGGACCGCGUCGCACAGAUCAGGAUUGGCAUCAAUGACGUCCCCUACGACCUCCUGCCCCGCGUGGUGCCCGCCACCCCCACCGGAUACUCCGAGUCGGAGAAAGAUGCGGAACAUGCCUGGGACGAGCUCAUCGCCAAGUUCAAGAGCUUGAUCCUGGCCUCGUUUGACAUGAGGGUCACCCAAUACGAGGAGGAUAUCCGGGAGAAGGAUGCGCAGCGUCGUCUCCCCGGCUGGAACUUUUGCACUUUUUUCAUUCUCAAAGAAGGCCUGGCCCGUGGUUUUGAGAGCGUCGGCUUGGUGGAGGAUGCCCUGGUUGGCUAUGAUGAGCUGAGUGUCGGCCUCGACUCUGUCAUCCACGAACAAGUCGCUUUGGGUGAGCCGGAGAGGCACGGGAGUUCUCUCCUCUCCCACACGGAGGAACUGAAGCAAAAGGUAGCGCGUGCCCUCGCGUCUGCGACCGGCGGUGGCGCUGCACCUGUCGAAGACGAAGAGGCCGUGGAUCUGCAGGGCGAGAGCAAGAUCAAGGACGUCGCACCUUCUCUCGAUUCCACCCUUGACGAAUUCCUCAUCAGCUCCACGAGGAAGCCUUACAGGGACAUGAUCGUUGCCAACAACGUGUCCGUCUUUGACUUUCGGUGCUACAUCUUCGCCCGCCAGAUUGCCCUUCUUCUCCGCCUCGGCAACAGCCUGUCCGCCAAGACUGAGCUCGUCACAGGGCCCCAGCAGCAGGUGCCCGCAUUAAAGCCGUCAGAGGAGACCGAAGUCUUGUCGAUGCUAGCGGAGGUUUGUCGCCGGACCCUGCAGUUUAUUCCGGCCAUCUCCCAGAUCAUGCGGUCCGACCUCGUCGCGUCGCUGGGAGGAGGACGAGGAGGAGACAAUGGUACACAGUCGACGCUUUCCCUGAACCCGGUCGCCCCCGAGGUCGUCGACAAUCUGGUCUCCUCGUUCGCUUUCUCUGUCGCCCAACAAAUUCUCGCACAGACUUCGACCCAGGCUCUUCCCAUCCCUGCUUCCUCACUCAUAUCGCCCAAAAUAGAUGAGCCCAAGUCGUCGAUUCCCGAGCCCAAGACCAUGAUGCAUCCCGCUCGAAGUUCCUCGCUUCACAUCCGCCCGAGCUCGCGACCGCCGCCGAGUCCUGGCGUCUUUCCUGGCCCCGGCGCAGGUUCCGGUGCGGGUGUGUCCGAGACCAGUGCUCCUGCUCCUGCUCCUCCUGCUGCUGCUGCUGCUGCCGCCCCUCGAGGCCAGUUUCUCAAAUCCGGAUUGGAAGAACUCGCUGCUAGGCGCGCCGAGCUAUACGCACUGUCGCGUAGCAUCCUCGAGGAAUGCGGCAAGAAGAGAGGGUGGGGAAACGGCUGGGCUUCGGUACCGGACGUGGAGGAAUCUGAUAUUGAGGAGAUGGAUAUGGAAGACAUUAGUCUCGACGACGACGAUGAGUCCACCACCACCACCAGCACCACCACCACCACCACUGCCACCACAAAACCUCAGGCCGUGGAACCGUCUCUUGCCGGGGUGGAGAGCAGGUUUUUGCGCGUCGCCCUCGACAACAAGGACGAUUUCUACCGCCUCUUCGAAACAUUGACCGACAAAGCCAUCAGGCACUAUACCGUCGCCGAUCACCACCACGCCGUGCAAGCCUGCUUGACCGAGCUCGCCAUCCUCAAGUACCAUCUCGGCGACUACGGCUCGGCCGCCUCGUACUUUCAUCGAACAACGCCCUUCUUCGGGGAGAACGGCUGGAGCGCACUGGAGCUUUCCAUGUUGGUCAUGUACUCCCGCUGCCUCCAGGAGCUGCAGCGCAAAGACGACUACGUCCGGGUGGCGCUGAAGCUGCUGUCCAAGGCGGCGGUGGCCCAGAAAGACCGGCUCUCGCGAAAGAAGCUUCGGGGGUUCGUUCCCUCAAGUCACCGCCAAGAAGGACAAUCACGAGAACAACAACAGCAACUUCCAAACCCGGAUGAUGCCGUCCGAGGUGUUCUUGACAAGCUUAUUGACGUGACCAAGGCCUUUUCCCACGAAGUGCCCAUCCCUCUGGCUCAGUUCUUUAGUGACGUCCGACUGGAAGGGCACCCCGAGUAUGAUCUCCGGCGAGACGGUUUUACGCUGGCUGUCUCGAUGCAGAGCCUACUGGCGGAUGACAUGGAGAUAGACCAAGGCCGAAUGCGGCUUGUCAGCACGACAGCAACGGCGGGGGCUACCAAGGAACUGUGGUUAGAAUGUGCCACGGCUCAAGUGCUCCGACCUGGUAGGAAUACGAUCCGCCUAUAUAGCAAGACAUGUGUGGCUGGCCGUUACGAAGUCGACCGGGUCAGCUUGAUAUCGAACAAGAUCCACAUGCACUACGAACGUGAUAUCGACUCUGAAUCCGGAGUCGGCGUGACGUCGGACCUCUUCCCUCUUCCCCACGUCACCAUUUACCGGCCGGCUGGAUGUCUAGAUUGCCAGCUGGUCGCAACGAAAGAUAUUCAGCUGGACCGUAGCAACACGCUCGAUCUGAAGCUUCACACAGGCUGGAACAGGGUCAAGUCUUGUGAUAUCCGGGUUAGACCCAAUACCGGGGGUCUCAGACUCCUCACGAUGGACGCCCAGUUCAUCGGGCCAGCUUUCGAGUUUGCGCAGCCCCCCGAGGCAGGCCUGUUUCGCUUCGGCUCGCUGUCUGCCGAGACCGCCCUGCAACUGCGUUUCCCCUACUCUACCGAGCAAGACGUUGCGACGAUUUCCGCCCGGGUCGAGGUGACAUACACGACUGACGACGGCACCUAUUCCUCCUGGGCAGGCCCGUCCAUUCCGAUCAGUCUUGCGCUGGGCGUCAACGUCCAAGACAUUUUCAAACACGGCGCUGUUUUCUCGCGCUUCAGCAUUUCCACUGUGUCUCCCAGUCCUCUGCUCUUGUUCAAGAGCGAGCUCCGAGAAUCCGAGGUUUUCCAAUCUCACUUUGGCUCCGCGCCAGACAAGACGAUCAUGGUGUUCCCGAAGCAGCCGGCCAGCUUACUUUACAAGGUUGUCCGGAAGCCCGGUGUCACUGUCAAUUCGAAAACGGCCAAGACGUUGUAUCUCAAAUUGCACUACAGCGUGGUGUUGGACGAAAUGGUUGUGGCUACCGAAAAGUCGCUCAAGGAGGCGGCUGUCUCGGCCGAUCUAGCACCCUUCACGAAUGUGCUGGCCACCCACGUUCGGAAGCAUCUGCCUGCGAGGUUGACAGCUUAUGAUCUGGAACGAGCUGCCCUCCUGGGCCAGUUUCCGACGACUGCUCUUGUGGGAACCCAUCUCGAGGCUUCGUUUGCCGGAUUGGGCAAAGUCCCAGGCAGCGAAAGAGACGCAUCGGCGGCACUCGCUGCCCUUAUCCGGGACUGGCAGCGGAGGAAUCCCACUCUUCCUCUUCUCCACCCUCCAGCUGCAGACGUGGAAGAGACCCCUUCCAUUCUUAUCCCGGUGGACGUCCCGUCUGUUCCUGUACACUGGACCGUCGACAUCCAGCUCCAGAAACCCUUGUUCUCACCACUGCUGCCCGAUGGGGCAGCGACAUCGUCGGCCACGCCGGUGGUGGGAAUCAAUCAGCUUUUGUCAGCCAGCCUUACAGUACAGUGGACGCGCACAUGGCACACCGCGGCACAGGGACAGGCACAGGCACCAGAGAGCACGGCGACCAGGCAGGAAUUCAGCUAUGAGGUCACCACACCGGCUGACACUUGGCUCCUUGGCGGCCGGAAACGAGGUCGCAUGACGGUGCCCGCGGAAGAAGACACAUGCACCAUGGAAAUUCCCCUCCUGAUGGCCCCGCUGCGCGAGGGCUGGCUGCCGUACCCAAGCGUGGAAAUCCGAGAAGCCAAGUCGGACGAGCAGGGAACAGCCGGGUCGCAAGGCCCGAUCGAGUUAGAUUACCGCAACCUCGGGGAGACGGUGCGGGUUGUGGCGGACCGCGAGAGGGUGACAUUGAGCUUAGAUUCGAGUGGCCCCGGAGGAGGGCCGCUGGUUCUGGAGAGCGAGCGGAGGGUGGUGGACGGGCGAGUCGUCGUCUGA